AUGGAGUUCACUGCCAGUGAAGAGUUGAUAUCACGACCCACAAGCCAGUACAUAAGGACCCUUUUUGAAGAACUAGUUGAUAUCUUUAUGGGUCUCUCGGUGCAAUCGACAGAACAACUAUCGCAUGAUUUGAUAAAACGCAAUAAUGAAUUUAACCUGAACGACAUGCAACAGGAUGAUGACAACAACAACAAUAAUAAUAAUGACUUUGAUGCCAAAAAGGACGAUACUUCCCAACUGAUUCCACUCCUUAUUCUAUUUCGUUGCUCUUUGGCAUUUCUUGAAAAGUGUGGAGUGCAUGACUUCAAUAUAAUGGAUCUCAAAAAACCAGAAUCCCAAAGGAUACGACGCAUCCUCAGUGCCGUCAUAAACUUCGCUAGAUUCCGUGAAGAGAGGAUGAAAGACUGUGAGCCAAUUGCUCAAGUAUGUGAAGAUUACUCGGAAGAGGUGAGGAAAUCAGAGGCCGAGAUUGUUCAGGUCCAAAAUGACAUUGACCAGCUUGCAUCUCAAGUUAAUGAGGAUCAACUGGGUCAAAGGAAGUCCACACUAGCACAGCUUAAUAACUACAACUCCAGGCUUGAAAGUGAACUCAAGAAGCUUCAAUGGUCACAAGAACAGCUUCAGCUCGAACAUGCGAGGUAUAGAGAACAGAAGUACGGCUUAGCCGAGCAAAUUGAAGAUCGUCUCUAUCUACUUCAGGAAGAGGCAUUACGGGUUGAGAAAUUCAAGAAGUUUACCAUGGUCAAUCCUAGCGAAUUGCAGGCGAUCCUUGACGACCUCAAAGGUAACCUUGAAGAUGCCGAGCUGCAACUUCGAACGGGAGACAACACUUUGCAAAAUCGUUCAAAGACAAUCAGAGCUAUAAAGCUGGCAGAGGACGAGCUCAAGAAUAUUCUUACCAUUGUUCAAAACAUUGUCGACGAUUUGGGUCAUCUUGAAGAGGAAGGCAGCGAGCUUGAUAGACAGGCUGAGCAGCGGGACAGAGAGAAGGCUGCAAUUGAAGAGAUUGAAAACCUGAUUCGUCUUACAGAGAGACAGCUAAGCAAUCUCGACGAAAAGAUCCUCAACACUAACAAGCAGGCCUCGGAAAAACGAGCAGAAGCAGAGCACAGGCUUCAGAAGCUUGAAGACGAAUAUGCUAGGCUUACUGACGAGAGAGGUGUACGCGAGAGAAGAAUGGACCAGAAUAGAGUCACCAUUCAGGAAUUGGAAGAGGACAUUAAUAAGAUAACCGGAGUGUUUGAUCGAGAGAAGCGCAACAUAGAAGCUGCAGUUGCAAAGCUUAAUGCCCACAUUAGGACAUACUUGUCUGACAUGAACAAUCUUCAAUGA